UUCUUUUCGCGUUCAUUGCUUUUACGACAGCAAUAUCCAUUAAGGACGAAUCGAUAAAGCUUGAAAAACGAAACUCGUGUUCAUCUAAUUCUAAAAGAAAUCUUUUGGGUAAAAGAAACGAAGAAGACAAAUCGUGCCCAUGUACGAUCGCCGAGUCGAUUUUCUAUACGGAAUUUAGAGGAUUUACAUUUUAUUCACAAGACGAAUGCGGAAGCACUACUAUCGCAGGAAUGUUCAGUCGUGGAUUCGAGACUUUAAAUUCUACCAACAAUAUUACAUUUGAAAUCGUUGAUAGUUGCAACCGUACCCUCUAUGACCUCACGGAAGGAUUGAAUGUUCAAAUUAAUGAUGAUGGUAGUACCGAUCCAUAUCUGUACACCUUUGAUGAAAUCACUUUGGAUUGUUUUGAAGAUGGUAUCCUUUUCCCGCAAGUUGGUAAAUAUAGCAAACGUACCUGUGGUUCAAAUCAACGUCGUGAUGGCGAUAAUUCCAUGGUUGUAAAACAGAAUGAUGACAUCCAAGCAUCAGCGAAAAUUGAAAAUGUACCAAGAUAG